AUGUGUAAGUACCAAACCCUUCAUCUUUCACAUUUACACUUCUUCUUUCUCUCAAAAAUGAUGUUCGCCAAACCCUUAAUCUUUCUCAUGAUCUUCACAAGUUGCUUGGCUUUGGCUGUUGAUGAAUUUCCUUCAUGGAUCGAGAAGAAUUUCCUCCAAACUUCCAAGGUACUCAAGAUGAACGCCAACCUUGUCGUGGCAAAAGAUGGUUCUGGUGACUAUGUGACCGUAAAGGAGGCGGUUGGAGCUGCUCCGGAGAAUAGCCCCACGCGACUUAUCAUCUACAUCAAACAAGGGGUUUACUCGGAGAUUGUUGAGAUUGGGAGUUCAAAAACAAACAUCACCUUUGUUGGAGAUGGCCAGGAUUCGACCAUACUCACUGGGAGCCUUAACAAGAAAGACGGUGUUAAAACAUUCUUCUCUGCCACAGUUGCCGUUAAUGGAGACGGAUUUGUGGCUCAAGAUCUCUGCUUUCAGAACACUGCGGGGCCCUCAAAGUCUCAGGCCGUAGCACUACGUGUGAGUGCUGAAAGAGCCGUCAUAUAUCGCUGCCGCAUCGACGGUUAUCAAGACACUCUCUACGCUAACAAGGGAACACAGUUCUACCGCGACACCUACAUCACCGGAACAGUUGACUUUAUAUUCGGGCAUGCAUCGGCUGUGUUUCAGUACUGUCAAAUAGUGGCACGAAAGCCUAAUCCAGGACAGAGCAAUAUGGUGACGGCUCAGAACAGCGACAACCCAAGCGAAAACUCAGCAUUUACACUACAGCAGUGCAACAUAACCGCAAGUGCGGAUCUUUCUCCUGUCAAGUCAAAAGUGAAGACAUAUCUUGGUCGUCCUUGGGGUAUUAUGUCAACAGUAGUCGUGAUGGAGUCAUUUAUCGAUGAUCAUAUCGACCCUGCCGGUUGGUAUCCAUGGGACAUCGGCAAAGAACCUUCACCGUCUAUAUACUAUGGGGAGUUUGGUAAUUAUGGCCCUGGAGCAAACACAAGUGAACGUGUGACAUGGAAAGGAUUUAGGGCAAUACAAGAUCCAAAGGAAGCUGAACGGUUUACAGUUGGUCAACUGAUACAUGGGGAGUUGUGGCUGAAUACUACUGGAGUUCCGUAUGAAACCGGUCUCUGAUUACUUUAUAUAGGUAUAAGGAUAUAUGCUUAUAAUAUGCUUACUUUAAUUGUUUACAGCAUAUGCUUACUUGUGGCUGAAUUCUACUGGAGUUGUGGUUAUUCGUACUUUAAUUGAUGACUUAUUAGGUUAUUAUUUAAAUAUAAAUGACUUGGUGGUUGAUAUAUAACAGCAUAUCAUCGUUCGUGUUGUUUGUUUGAUCGAGUACAUGUUUGUCAAAGCAUAACUAAUGUUGUGGUAAGAAAACUUGGACUCGAGCCAUAUAAAUACUUAGUUGUAAAGUAAUCUGUAAACAGAAUGUGACCAACCAAUGUUGUCAAAGCAUAACUAAUGUUGUGGUAAGAAAACUUGGACACAAGCCAUAGAAAUAGUAUACUUAGUUGGAAACUGAAGAAACCAAAUGCCUAUCAGAGAUUCAGAGAAAAAGGAGAAAAUCAGAGAUGUAUCUUUAGUACAGGUACAAUAACUAAGUGAGAAUCAUUUCCUUACAAAUGUGUCUUACAAGAACAUAAUGAAACGUAACUAUAAGUGGAA